UGGUUAGUGCUCCACUUCUCCCAGCCAAGCUAUACAAGCUGUUCAUUGACUGCGGCGAGCUCCUUCUUCGCCUCUAGAAAGAGAAAGGGAAAGGGAAAGAGAAAACGAGAGAGGGAGGGUAGAGAGAGAGAGAGAGAGAGAGAGAGGAUGACGCUGGGGUUGAUCAAUGCGAACCCCGUAGUGCGCGAGACGAAGAAACGGAUCGCGCGCGCGGAGGAUCCCCACCCCGACGACGCCGUAGAUCCCCUCGACGUUUUUGAUUCGGUGAGGGAUAUUAGGGAUCCGGAGCAUCCUUACUCGUUGGAGCAGCUCAGCGUUUUGUCGGAGGAAUCCAUCACUGUUGAUGAGAAGCUCGGCCGUAUACAGAUAACAUUCACUCCAACAGUCCAACACUGUAGUAUGGCGACGGUUAUCGGUUUGUGUUUACGGGUUAAGUUAAUGCACUGCUUCCCCCCACAUUUCAAGGUUGACAUCAAGGUGUCUCCAGGAUCCCUAGCGAAUGAGGAAUCAGUUAACAAGCAAUUGAAUGACAAGGAAAGAGUUGCUGCAGCUCUGGAGAAUCCAAAUCUUCGCCAACUUGUCGACGAGUGCCUUUACUCUAAUGAACUCUACUCUUACUAGUUCGUCUCUGAAGCCAUCUAAUUGUAUAGUAGUUAUCUGUUUUCUGCGACUGCUUGUUGGGCUCGUAUUUAAAAUUAGCCCGUCUGUUUUUCACUAGUUUGUCUCCAAAUCCUCACUGUUGUUACCUAAUACUUAUAGCUUAUAUCUCUUUGUGAGCACUAUCUUGCUUUCUGAACCAGAUGUGUUUCGCUUUUAUCAUAUGCCCUGUGAUUUAAAGCGAACAUUUCUGUGUUCCAAGCUAAAUUUGAUGGCUAAUCUGUACGACGGUUGUUAUCUCAUUUUCAAAUGUGAACAUUGUUCUCGGGCCUGUUUGGAGAACAGUGACAACAAAUCUCUCGCUCUUAUGGGUUCUUAAGGAAGUCCAUAUUAUUUUA